AGCAAUGUCCCACGCUCUCAUCCUUUUGUAUGCCAAAAAAACAGAAGCUGCAAACAUUUCCUCUGCAGCUGCAAGGCGCGCAGACAGCUCAGUAUUGAUCAACCCAGCCUAGUCCCGAGAGACAGCGACGCUCCAGAGAAGAAACAGCGGGAUGGAGCCGGACCUUCUCUUGUGGAUGAUGAUGUUGAACUUCAUGGGACGCGCAGCAGCGGAUCCCAUCCAGUACAGCAGAGCGGUGGACUGGCUGAGCAGAUAUGGCUACCUUCCUCCUCCAGACCCACGCACCAGCAAACUGCAGACCAAAGAGGGCAUUGAACAAGCAAUCCGUGUCAUGCAAAGAUUUGGAGGGAUCCAGGAAACCGGCUUGAUGGACAGCGAAACGUUGAAGCUCAUGUCUACACCACGAUGUUCGCUCCCAGAUAUUGUCGGAGGCGAGGACAUGAGGAGAAGAAAGAGGCGCAGGAAGAGAUACGCUCUAUCAGGCCUUAAAUGGCACAAGACAGACCUCACAUGGAGCAUUCACAGCUACCCAACGUACUCCUCAGUUUUGCCCAUGGAGGUGAAUACUCUCCUGACCUAUGCCUUGAAAGCUUGGAGUGAUGCUGCUCCGCUGAACUUCCAACAGCUGCAGACUGACAGCAGUCGGAGCUCAGCUGAUGGGGACAUCAGAGUGUCUUUUGACAGCUUGCUUCAUAAUGAUGGCUACCCUUUCGAUGGGCGCGGUGGCACCCUGGCCCAUGCCUUCUUUCCUGGCAUGGAUGAAGUCUCUGGUGACACACAUUUUGAUAACCAAGAGAUCUGGGCCUAUGGAGGUGGCGACAGCACCACAGACUUAUUCACAGUAGCGGUGCAUGAGUUCGGCCAUGCUCUUGGCCUCUCUCAUUCCUCCUCUGAUCCGUCCAUCAUGAGGCCAUAUUACCAGGGACCUGUGGGAGAUGCUUCCCAAUUCAAACUGGAAUUGGACGACAGGCUGGCCAUCCAGCAGCUGUACGGUGCGAGAGACAAUGCACAACCACGUCCUGACCCACCACUCUUUCCAAGUCUUCCUCCACCGAGACCAACAAAGCAUUCUGAGCCGUCAUUUAAUGAGCGAUGUCAGGGAGGCUUUGAUGCAGUAGCAAACAUCAGAGGAGAGGUCUUCUUUUUUAGAGGCUCACAUUUCUGGAGAACUAAGCAAGAUGGCUCUUUGGUGUCCUUAAGGCCGGCUCUGAUCACAAACUUUUGGAUGGGCCUUCCAACAGGAACAAACAAGGUUGACGCCGUUUAUGAAAGAAAGAGCGACAGCAGAAUCAUCUUCUUUAUUGGCUCUCAGUACUGGGUCUUCAAAGACACAAAGGCCAUGGGUGGUUACCCUCGGCCCCUCUCUGAUUGGAAAAUGAGGACGCAGAGCGGUGCCGUGGUGGACAGGGUGGACGCAGCCUUCAUUUGGGCCCACAAUGGCAAGACAUACCUGUUCAGUGGGGGGCAGUUUUGGAGGUUUGAUGAAAGCCAAAAUGGCGAGCAGGUGAUCAAGGAGCCAGAUUCAAACUACCCACGGGCCAAUGACCUCUGGGCGGGAAUGCCAACCCACAUAGAUGACAUCAUCACCUGGGGUGAAGGAGAUGCCUACUUCUUCAAGGACAAUUUCUACUGGGUGCUCAAGAAUGGAGGAAUAAACCAGGAAUAUGUCUCUCCAAAGUCCACUGCGAUAGAUUGGCUCCGGUGUCCAGCUCCUCGUCCAACGUCGAGACCGCAGAUUCCUGGAGAUCCAAACGAAUGUGAAUGUCCCUUCAACAGAUCGUCUGUGUCACUGAGAAACAACUGUCUGAUCCUGAUUGCUGUCAUACUGAUAAUUAAUGGGUUGAUUUCUGUAAAUGAUUAGUGAUGUGUGAUAAAUUUGAGAGGCUGUUUUGUUCGCACUGGUUAAUAAAGAGACCCUUACAUGCU